AUGCUGGGUCAAAACGAGAAUCUAACGUUUCCCGGCGUUUUUCACAGCUUUUAUGAGAAUUUUCAAGAGCAUCUAAAGCGAAAUGAGCAAGCCAAUGGGCUGCUCAAACUGUCUUCUUUUAUUUCUUGUUUUACAACAUUUGUAACUAUAUUGAUAGUUUGGAAAGCAAGUUCCCGCCUGAAAAUUGAGUACCGCAACAUUCUACUGUCUCAAUUGGUAUUAGCAUUUUUCGGUUGCUUCCUUGUGAGCUUAGCAUCCCCGUCAUUCUUGUUACCGUACCCUGUGAUUUUCUUCACAGGGCCUUUUGCAAUUAAUUAUCGGGUUACAUUAUACCUCUCCUCCACUGUUGUGCUCCUCUACUUCAUGCCUACCAUGCUUCUCCUCUCCUUCGGCCUCAUCUACAAUUUUAUGUCCCUAAAACAACUGACAACUGUUUUCUUUAAAAUAUCUAUUGAAAAACUUCUCAAGCGAAUUAUUUGUGCAGUUGUGGGAAUUUUGAUUCUAGGAAACUGUGCCAUAAUCUUCAAGCUUUCCGCGCAAAAUGAUCAAGUGAAAAUGCAAAAUGACGUCUUUGAGAAAGUGGACCCUAGAUGUGCGGAAAUAUUCCAAAAGCAUGCAGUUUUUGUAUUUGACAUUUACAGUGUUCCCAUGAAAAUUGUGUCUAUUGAAGCGUUAGCCUUAUCGGGUAGCUCUAUAAUUUUCUGCUCUAUUUUAAUGGCUUUGUCAUUCCAGCAUUUUGGCCGACAAAAGCCAAACUUAUCACCCACUACCGCAAAGAAUCAUCGAAUGAUGAUGUGGAUGUUAAUCUCAUACGUUGCGCAUUUUUUGAUCUACUUUGCAUUUCCAUUAGCUGCCUUCACCAAAGCUUUGCAUGAUGUUGAGCCAUUUUUAGGCAACUGGACAUUCCUUAUCAUCAUGAGCCCGGCUCACUUUCUCGGGAUAAGCCUAUCAGUUACAUAUUGUGUGAUUAUCAGUCCUUAUCGUAGGGUGUGUAUCGCGGUGUUGAUGCUAAUUACGUGUACAUCACCGAGCCCGCACCCGAGAAGUGCGAAUUCUACAUCGAGCUCUUCGAUGUCAGUGAUCGAGCAUAUUAUGAGACGGCAUAAUUAUCGGGUUGCAGCUAACGCUUAA